AUGGACCCUUCUUUCAAUAAUGAAGAGUGGGCCAGAGCCCCUGGCUCCUUGGCCUCAUCCGAAUGGACAGACAAUGAUGGUUAUCCGCUUUAUUCAGAAGUCCAAUCUUCCGCCGGAGUGACGAGCUUGAGUUCGGACCUCCACCAACAGGAAUACAUAUGGAUGCCCGAGCUCGAUCGUCAAGCGCCAAACCCUCCAGAGAAAUUCGCCAGUGAUCUUGCUGGUAUUAAUCCGCAAUAUGAUGGGCCGGAUGGUGAUAUUCCUCAAACCUUGGAAGGUGAUCUAGGAAGCUCAAUCGUCACGGAAAGAGCAGCAGAUGAUCUAGGAAAUGGGAACACUGCCCUACGGCCUGCACGGGACGUCCAUACGCUUCCAGGAGUGAUUGGUCGGACCGCCAUGGGAAUACCAAGUCCCACCCCUCUUGUUCUUCAAGAUUCGCUUGACGGUGCCAUAUAUCAGGUGUUCCAUGCCUACACAGCUCUCGCCUCUGGCGAGUCAAUUCCUGAUCAGCUUUCUCAAGCGUUGCAGAACCUUAUCAAAACCUACUCUCACACAAAGAUCCCAGCACCUCCCAUGUCAUUAAAUGAUUCCGCAGAAUCAGACAAAGAAUUAACCAGUGUGCUCCCGGCUGAUGUGGAGGAAACUCGAAGGAGAUAUGUCCCUCCAGCCAACUGUCCUCUUUGCCCCGAAGAGACACCUUCUUGGCGCGUCUUUUUCAAUCACAUCAAGGUACACUGUCUCAUCACUGCUGGUUCGGGGGAUGUCUCUACCAACGGUGAUCAGUCUCGUCGCGAUGACAACAAUGACGGGAACGGAGAACCGUCUAACCAACCAAAUAACUGGAAUGGGGAUCCGGCUUAUUUCAAUACAAACUCCGGAGACUUUUCCAGCAGGAACAAUGCGCAGCCUGAUCCCAUACCACAGGCUGCUUGUAGACCUAACAAUGUCACUGGAGAACACUUGAUAGGUGGCAUGCCUCCCUCAUCUUUUGGGUCGAGGACAAACCCGCCCAGAGGAGCCGAUGGGCAGUCCCAAACCCAACCCCCACAAAACCCCGGGUUGCCACGAUCCAAGCCUUCGACCAAGCGCAAGCGGUCGAACAAACAGAAACCACCAGCAGAAGAGAAGGCCCCUGACCUGGGCAAAUGCCGACAAUGCGAUCAUCCCAUGACCACAUGUCAAUUGUGCAUAUCGGUUCGUCGUUGCCACAAAUGUGGCGGCAUGUCUAGGAGUGCUAUCCAACCUGGGGGUUCCUCGACAAUGCAUGUGCCAGCCCUCCCAGAUGAAUCUACCCUCGUCGAUUUGAACCUGCCUUACCGGAACCCAUCGGUGAACUAUGAAAUGCCCCAACACAUGCCCACUCAACAGUCUAAUUAUGACUAUUACCAUGGAUUGUACGUGGAUCCGCGCGCAUUUGGCGGCAUGAACAACACAUACAUGGGCAACCCACCCCCAGAUGGCAGUUAUGCGAGGAUGGCAAUGGUCCCCGAAAGCUACCCAAUUUUGAGUGAUCUCAGCCACAAGGUCCAAGAGUCGGCUGUCUUUGAAAGUGAUACCAAGUUACUUCGCAGCGUUGGACUCGGCACAUCGGCUGACCUGCUCUCCAUCAAAGGACACGCCAAGGAAAUGAGAGAAAAAGCCCCCGGUGGUCUGGGGGGCCCAGGCCUAUACACGGAUCUAGUUUUCAGCACCAAAGGAUCUCCGGUCAUUCUAGAAAUCCCCCAGCCGGCGUUUUCUUGUCAAUGCCCGUGCAUGAGAGUACCCACCGUGGACUACAAAACCCACGCAAAGGUGAACCUAUCGCCGAACGAACGAGUCGAGAUGUUAUUCCAGAUGACCCCGGAGAGCGGAUCCACCCACCCCCUCCGCACGCGAGUGAGAGUCUUCGUGAAACUUUUCACACUCCGUGCAUCGGCAGCACAGUCAAAGGCUAAGCUGAGCACUCACUCUAUCACAUCUGAAGCCACCCCCGCCAACGAUGCUUACUCGGAUUCUGAUUCGGAUCAAGGGCUCAGUCCCACGUCGCCUUCCGGUUCCGAAAUGAUUCCACCUUUCUACUGGACCGAGGUGCGGAACUGCUCAAUCAGUUUCGAACUCAAUUGGGUUAUAUUUAAAAUAGCCCAAUGGACCAGCGGAAUAAAUCCCGAUACGUGCCAGAAACUACUCUUUUCGGACCCUAGCCACGUACUGAGAUUGAUAUCUAUCUACAUUUUGUUGGUGUUCAAGGAUUCUUGGCUGUCGAAGGGUCGCAUUGGGCCCAGUCUGUUCUGA